UCCCCCCAAAACUCAUAUUCACGCUCGACGCCUUGGGGACUUGAGGCCUGGACAGAAAGGUUAGUGAAACAGAUGUAUCGUGGGUCCAGGAUGUAUCUCGUCUCCUUAGUUCUGUGCCUGGCUUUGAGUGCUUUGGUAAGAUGCACAAGUGAUUGGUGUUACAAGGGCUGUGAACACACCCCAUCCCACUGGAAAGACAUGCAUGGAAAUGUUUGUGGAGGAACCAAGCAGUCUCCUAUUAAUAUACACACCAGCAGUGUUAAGACUAAUUCUGAUCUCCACAAUUUUACCUUGACCAAUUUCACCUCUGAGCAGGCAGUCAAGUCCAUCCUAUUCAAUGGACAUGCAGUGAAAUGUAUUUUGAAAGAUGGUGAAAUUGAAGUGAGUGGAGGUGGUCUCAAUGGAACGUACUCUGCUCUUCAGUUUCACUUUCACUGGGGUCAAACAGAUUAUACGACCCAUCCGGGCUCAGAGCACACAGUUGACGGACACAGGUACCCCAUGGAGAUGCACAUUGUCACUGUGAAGAAAGGUCUCUCUGUUUCAGAGGCCACGCAGAAACCAGACGGACUUGCUGUUCUUGGGUUUUUCAUAAAUGCAACUGAGGAAUUUGAAGAUGCAAAAAUGUCGGAACAGUGGACACAUCUCACUGAUUACCUGCCAGAGAUUAUAGCGAAACCCGACGGGGUUCCAGUGACCAAGAACAUCUCUAUUGAAAAGCUGAUUGGUCAUGUAAACCUCACAAAGUUUUACAGAUACAUGGGCUCACUGACCACCCCAAACUGCAACGAGUCGGUCGUGUGGACGGUCUUUCACGAGCCAAUCCAAGUCAAGAAAGAUCUGAUUCCGAAGUUUCCCUCUCUGACAAACAAACCAGACGUCUAUCGACCCUCACAAGACCUUCAUGGGCGUCAGGUGUAUGCGUCCCCGGCAACUCCUCUACCCAGUCACUCGUGGUGCUAUGACGAUCACUGCGAGCACAGCCCGUCUCACUGGGUCCUUCUGGCUGACUCCCAUUGCGGUGGCCAAAGGCAGUCCCCCAUCGACAUUGAUACACAUGACGUUACGUUGAAUGAAAGUCUCGGACCCUUCACUUUUACAAAGUUUGAUGACAAGCAUGCUAUCAAGUAUAUAACCAACACGGGCCACUCAGUGAAGUGUGUACUGAAGGACGAUUUGGUGGAAGUGUCCGGGGGAGGUUUGGGGCACGUCUACUCCACCCUUCAGUUCCACUUUCAUUGGGGUUCUGGAUCAGGGGACUCCAAGGGCUCAGAGCACACCAUGGAUACAAAAAGAUACCCAAUGGAGAUGCACAUCGUCAACAAGAGGAAGGAUUUAACCCUGGCCGAAGCUUUAAAGGUUCACGAUGGCCUGGCAGUACUGGGAUUCUUCAUCGAGGCUCCACUCUCAAGCAAAAGCGGCUCACACGGUUCAGAGGAUCAUGCAGCGACAAACCCCACCUCAAGUCCAUCAUCUAACAUGGACGCCUGGAAAAAAUUCACACAAUACCUUUCAGUAGUUGAAAGCAUCAACUCAAAAGCUGUCUUCACGGAUGAGAUCUCAAUUGACGAUUUGCUCGGAAACGUGAACCGCCGGUCAUACUUCCGCUACAAUGGGUCUCUUACCACCCCCACAUGCAACGAGGCCGUGGUUUGGACGGUCUUUAAAGAGUCUGUUAAGGUGGAUCCCUACCUGAUGUCGACGUUCCCAACACAUACAGGUUAUCGUGACGUGUUUCGGCCCUCACAGUCUCGUCAUUCCAGAGUUAUCUUCACCACCAAAUCUGCGUCAAGUGUUUCUGGACCCGUCAUGUUUUAUCAGCUGCUCGCGUGUCUCUGUGCCCUUUUAAGAUGAUUUUAACUCUGAACUACUGUGAAAAAUAUUUAUUGCACUAUUUAUCCAUCUUCAAAUGCUAGCAAAAUACUUGUAAAGUGGUGUUUCUUCUUCAGUGAUCCUGGCACUCUUGUCAUGAAAUUAUCAUUAAGUUGAUCACGUACCUUCUGAAAACGCUAACCGUGAAUGUUGAUGACAAAUAAUAAUAAAACAUGACUUUGAACUUGUGUGGAGCGUGGAAAUGGGAGUAGUAUUUCUAGAGUGGUUUUUUACCAUAUUAAGCAAACAAUAUGCAAUUUAUGUUCAUGUUUUGUUAUUUUGUUUGUACAAUACAUGAAAUGAAGAUAUGUCAGACAAAAAUAAAAUACUGUAAAUAUUAUUCAGACCUUAGUGAUGUGGGAAGAGCAUCUUUUGUUCUGUAAUAUGGUAUCAGGCUCAAAUACAUGUCUGUUGUUCUGACUUUGUAUCUAUAAUCUUAUUUUAUUUGUAAAAAAUAAAUAUGGCAAUGUGCAAUUUUAA